UAUACUCUCAUUUAGACAAGCAAAUAAACUCAAAAAUUUAAAUAUGCAAGCAUAUAACCUAAUCUUUUCCCUAAUUCUAGGAAUUUUUAGUUGUCUAUAAUUCAUUGGUGCUAAUUUAUAUAUAUUGACGAUAAUACAAAGAUUCUUAAAGCAUGAAUGUGGUUUUUUUUAGUUCUUGCUACUUAGAUGAAUCAUAAAGCAAAGACCAAGAUGCCUAAUGUUGGGAGUCAAUAAUCAAGUAUGAUAAAAAUAAUAUGGCUUUAUCCCAAUAUUUAGGGUCCAGCACAUCCAUUGGCUAAUAGAGAAUUAGCAAAUAUAGAUACAAUGAUUAUAUAAUUAAAAACAACACGCUUUAUUUCAUUUCAUAUUUUAAUUGACAUAAUUACUAAUUAUUUUUUCUUUGAAUAGAUAAUAUAGAUGACAUAGCAGGAUUAUUUAACGCUACAUAUAAAUAUACUUAUUUCAGUCUCGGUGGGUCAUGUCUCUUGAAAGUGUUCAAGAGAGGAGGAUAAUGAGAAACUCUAUCCUAAAGAACCAAAACCGGUCUUGAAUUAGCCUACUAAUUAACAAAGAAUCGCUUUGCCAAAAUUUGAUUAAGUGAUAUUCUUAGUGUUAAUCGUAGUUAUCAAGUUAGAAUCUCAUGACAAGACAUUGGGUACCUUUUCAUUACUUGAUACAACCCUCCUCCUUGUGAUGCCACUACCACUUUUAGUGGAUUAACAAGAAACAUAUCACAUAACACCUUCCUAGAAAUUGCCCCCCAAAAAAUCACAAAAAAAAUAUUUGAAAAAAAAAAAAAAAAUCCAUAAUUUCUUCCCAAGUUUGAAGCAAUCUAAAAGUGUGAAUGAAUGAAUUGUCUUCUCAUGAUUUUCCUCAUAUAUCAUCCGAUUAACCACAAACACUAUUCUCUUCUUUAUUUCAUUUCAACCAAAUUAGAUUUGACAAUCAUAUCAUUAGUCUCCUACUAUACACAACACAUAUACACACUUCAAUUUAAUUGUCCUAUAUAAUCCAUCAUCAUCAAAUAGUGUAGAAGUAGCUUAGCUAGCACAAGCUAAGAGCUAGCUAGCUAGCAAUGGUGUGGCCUCGGCCGCCUCACCGCCACCUCCUCCAUGAAGCAACACCACCCACCGCAACCUCACCACAUAGCAACGAAGCCCAUGUCACAAGAGCCAAUGCCGGUAUAGAUGCUAACAUGGUAGUCAUCCUAGGAGUGUUACUUUUUGCCUUGUUAUGUACCCUAGGGCUAAACUCACUUGUCCGGUGUGCCACCCAUUGUUGCACCGGCCACCACCACCACCACCGGCAAGAGCUAGGUAACACGUACGUGGGGGCGAUAAGUCAAGGGCUAAAGAGGAGCACCAUAAGGCAAAUCCCAACAACAAUAUAUGAUAUAGCAACAAGUGUUAUGAUGUCAACAGAUUGCAUGAUAUGUCUAGGGGAGUUUAUACAAGGGGAGAACGUAAAAGUGUUACCAAAAUGCAAACAUGGGUAUCAUAGUAAGUGUAUUGAUACAUGGUUGCUUUCGCGUUCGACUUGUCCUACAUGCCGGCAAUCACUAUCCGAAUGGACGGGCAACGAUGCCAUUGUGGUGCCUAUGGAAAUUAUUGGGAAUCGUACCUCGAAUCGUGAGGUACGUGGUGUUGAUUGUUGAAGAUGCUACACAAAGGCAUUAGAGAAUAAAUUGUGUGGUUGUUAGGGAGAUGAUUGAUGAGUGAGAUGAGCUAAAGUUGUGAGAAACAUCCAUGUCAAUGUACCUUUGAAGCACCACCUUUAUUUUAAAAAAAAAAAAAAACCAAAAGAGAGGUAUUUUGUAGAUAUGUAGUUAUGUUGUAAUGUAUCACCAUGUGUAUAUGUAUGUGUUUAAUACAUGUGUAUCCGUACCCUUUUUUCACGAGAUACUACAAAGCUAGUUGCAUAUACAGGAUCUCUUGGGACCGGGAGGAAAACUCUAACCAUUUGAGGUAUCUCUUACUCCCCUUUAAUUUCGUACUUGGUAUUAUUAUAUGAGUCUUAUGACUAGAUGUGGCAAAAUACAUCGUUUUGAUUGACUUUGUUGGGAUUUGGUUUGGGUUGUACAUUGGGUGUUUACUCUUUCAAUAAUUCUAUUUGGUUUUCAAUGAUAUUACUUCUAAGAGCAUCUCCAAUGGUUUAAUUGUAAGGACUUGCUUGCAAUAUAAAUAAAAUUUCUAGCUACAUACUUACCAUUGGAGAACAAAAAA